AUGCCGCCGGGAAAGGGGCUUCUGAAGAUGAAUGUUGACGGAUUGUGGGUUAACAGCUCCUCGGGAGGCUUCGAUCGCCGUGAUCUAUCAAGACUCUCAUGGAACGCUUAUUGCUGGGCCAACUCGACGAUCCUGCAUAAGUAUGAGUCGAUUUUCAACUUUGGCGACUCUCUAAGCGACACUGGGAACUACCUCCGAUCUGCGGGGGAUCAUGCAAUACUGCCGACGUCUCCUUAUGGCAAGACCUUCUUUGGGCAUCCGACCGGUCGUUAUUCAGAUGGACGUCUUAUAAUUGAUUUCAUUGCGGAAACAGUUGGGUUACCCUAUCUGAAGCCAUAUCUUGAGGUAGUCAACGGCUCAGUUGAUGCUCGUAGCGGAGUUAACUUUGCAGUUGCUGGUGCCACAGCGCUUGAUCCGACAUUCUUUGCAGCUCGAGGCAUUCCAGUGAUGACAAUGACAAAUCAUUCCUUAAAUGUUCAGCUCGACUGGUUCAAGAAACUUAAAUCUUCUCUUUGCACAACCCAGCAAGGAGAGAAUUGCAAGACAUAUUUCAAGAAGUCUUUAUUUCUAGUGGGGGAAAUUGGUGGGAACGACUACAAUCUUGCUUUCGCCCUGGGUGCAACCUUUGAGCAGCUCCGUCCCAUUGUGCCAAAUGUUGUUGGAGCCAUCGCCAAGGCCACCAGCAUGCUCAUCGAACAAGGGGCGGUGGAGUUAAUAGUGCCAGGGAAUCUGCCAAUUGGUUGCUUGACAUCGUACAUAACGACAGCUCCGCCCUUUCUCAAGAACGACGCUAAUGCGACAACUGGUUGUCUCAAUCGUUAUAAUGAAUUCGCCAAGUAUCACAAUGAUUAUCUCCAACGAGAGUUGCAGGUUUUGAGACAAAAAUAUAGCCAUGCAAAGAUUAUCUAUGCGGAUUAUUAUGGAGAUACCAUGCGUCUCUUUGAAUCACCAACACAAUAUGGUUUCUCUAAAUCAACACAUGUAGCUUGCUGUGGAGCUGGUGGACCAUUUAAUUUCAACGUCAGGAUGAUGUGUGGUUCCACGUCAAGCGUGUGUAAAGAUCCAUCAGCCUCCAUACUUUGGGACGGAGUUCACUUGACCGAGGCGGCGUAUCGGCACAUGGCCAAGGGCUUACUCGACAGUCCCUUCACUUCUCCACGUCUCGUUGCCUAG